GGAACAUCUGGAUCCAACUCCUGAUCACAUGACCAAGAGGAAUCAGACACUGCGGAACAUAGAGCCUGUAUUUGCACUGAGAAAAAAACUUUGCGUGGUAAACCUUAAGUUGAAACAUGCUGCAGCUGUACAUACUCACCCUCGGCUUGUUACCAUGGAUCCCAGCCUCCCUGUGCGUGGUAAAAACCGAGGAGGAGUUUGCAGUCCUAGAGGGUCAAUCUCUCACCAUCCCGUGUCAUUACGAGCCCCAGUAUGCCAGCCAUGUAAAGUACUGGUGCCAGGGGAGAACCAAAGAAUUCUGCACCACCUUAGCUCGAACCGAUGACACCAGUUCGGACAAAGUGAGUAUUUUCGAUGACCCGACCCAGCAGGUGUUCACAGUGACCAUGAAGAACCUGAAGGAGGGGGACUCGGGGUGGUACAUAUGCGGCGUGGAGAUAGGCAACAUGUGGAAGGCUGAUGACAUCACUUUCACCAACAUCAAGGUCAUUCAUGGUAUGUCAGUCCCGCACAGCAGAGUGAGUGGGGAGGAGGGAAGCAGUGUCACAGUUGAAUGCCUCUACAGCGAGAGAUACAGAGAAAGUGAGAAGAAGUGGUGUCGGAGCGGAGAUUGGAGCUCCUGCCUGACAGGUUCUGGGGGGAGCAAUGAAGACACUUCAGUGGCCAUCAGCGAUGACAGAACUGGGGCUUUCACUAUAACCUUAAAGAAGCUGCAGAUGAGAGAUACUGGCUGGUACUUGUGCUCUGCAGGGCAGCAGCAGAUAGCCGUGCAUGUGCAGGUCACACCACGGACCACUACUGCAGCAGUGUCCAUAACCUCCCCACCUGCACCGCAGCAGUCUGUGCUGUACCUGCCUCCACCCAAAGCCAUCGCUAAGGAGUCCUGGAGCAGCCACGGUCGCAUGCUGGAGCCUAUUUUGGUGUGUUCAUCCCUGAUGCUCCUUGUGGGUUUGGUUAUUCUAGGAAGAAAGUUGUGGAAACUGCACAAGGUGGAUCCUGUGCUAAGACAAGUUAAGGACAUUAAAGCGAGAUUCAAUGAGUAUCCGGGGGAUGUAGGUGACUUGCAAAGUACUACGGUUGUUUUCAUUAACAAGGAUUCCCAGGACGUAUACUGAGAUCAGUCUGAGCGGUGUUCAUACUUACUCUCUGUUACUGAAUGUAAAUUUUGUGUCAGUUUACUGCACGGAUCAUGCGCUGUCUUCCCUGUAUUUUCUCUGUAAUACAUGCUAUCCCAUGUGACAUGUUAAGAGAGUUAAGUGUUUUGCUUGCUGCUUUCCAUAUACACAGUCCGCAGAUCUCAUUUAACUGAAACUGAAAUUCCUCAAGAUGAAUUUGGCCUCUGUUCACUGUGGUUGGCAACUUGCAGUAUAUUUUUUUUUAGCUUGAUACUAGUUUUAGACUGAAUAAAAUAACAACAUAAUUGUG